AUGGAGAAAGACAAAGAGAACGCGAACGAGAAAGAGAAAGAGAAUGAGAGAGAGAAAAGAAAAAAAAGGAAAGAGAAAGAGAAAGAGAACAGAAAGAGAAAGAGAAGGGAGAGAGAGAGAGAUAGACAACGAGAAAGAGAUAAAACUAAAAGAAAGGAUGGUACUCAAGACUUGGAUGAUAGAAACAAAAAGAAGAUUAGAAAAGAUGAUGGUAAUGACAAGAGAAAAUCAAGAGAUGAAAGAGAUCAUCAUAUCGAUAGAGAUAGAGAAUUAAAGAAAACUAAAACUGGCCCAUCAGAUUCUUCCUCUUCCUCCUCUUCCAACUCUCAUUCUUCAUCUCAUUCCAACUCUCAUUCAUCAUCAUCAUCAUCGUCACACAAGAAAACAUCACUUCCAUCAUCUCCUCGAUCACAUUCUUCAUCGUCGUCAUCAUCAUCAUCGACACCAAAACCUACAAAAGAGGAUGAUGGUUCCGAUUCGGAAUCUGAAGACUACGAAGUCGAGGCAAUCAUUGAUAAAAGACCAACAAAGGAUGGAAAAGUAGAAUAUCUUUGUAAAUGGGAAGGUUGGGAUGUUAAAGAUGCUUCAUGGGUACUCGAAGAUGACUGUGACUGUCAAGGUUUAAUUCAAAAAUAUCUUGCAACUCUUCCAAAGAAAAAAGAUCAUAAAUAA